ACCCACAGCUGGAUCUCCACUUUUCAACAGGUGAUUGCAUGUGCUGUGAGGUGUUCUUGUUCUACAGAAAUGGAAGCACAACAGAGCAAGCUGGAGUUUUUCUGCAAGCUGGGCUACAGCAAGGAGCAAGUUGGCAAAGUACUAGAGAAACUGGGCCAGGAAGCCUCUGACAAUGAUUUACUGCAAGAGCUGAUUCAGAUGGGCAGCAGCAGGAUUCAGGAACCAGAGAACUGGAUGCAGCAACUUCAGUCCAGGCCUGGUGCUCAAGCAUCAUGCAGGGCCUUGGCUAUUUCACUGCAAUCUGCUGAUGAAGCCAGUCAUCCCGCUACAGACUUGAGACCCAUUGUGAUUGAUGGCAGCAAUGUCGCCAUGAGCCAUGGAAAUAAGGAAGUGUUUUCAUGCAUGGGAAUUCAGCUGGUGGUGGACUGGUUCAAAAACAGAGGUCACAAAUACAUCAAAGUCUUUGUUCCUUCUUGGAGAAAAGAACCAACAAGAUAUGAUAACCCUAUUACAGAUCAGCAUAUCCUUGAGAAACUUGCAAAGCAAGGAAUUCUUGUAUAUACACCAUCGCGCAAAAUGAAAGGCAAGAGGGUGGUGUGCUAUGACGACCGCUACAUAGUGAAGCUGGCCCAUGAGCAAGAUGGGGUCAUUGUCUCCAAUGACAAUUUUCGGGACCUGCAGAAUGAAAAUCCGGAGUGGAAGUGGUUCAUUGAGCAGCGACUGCUCAUGUAUUCCUUCGUCAAUGACAUAUUUAUGCCUCCGGAUGAUCCUUUGGGCCGACAUGGACCUUCUCUUGCCAAUUUUCUGAGCAAAAAGCCAGUGACCCCUGAACCAAAAUGGCAGCUCUGCCCUUAUGGCAGAAAGUGUACAUAUGGCAACAAAUGUAAAUUUUACCAUCCAGAAAGAGUUAACUGUGGUCAAUUCUCAGUGGCUGAUGAACUUCGAGCAAAGACAAAGUCCUGUUUACUUACUCAGAGAUCAGAUGAAGAAAAGAUGAGGACAAUCCCCACAGAAAGCAGAGGUGGGAAUACAUCCAGUUCAGUGGGGCCUAGAGGGGGCAGUGCUAUUGCCAGGAAAAGCAGCUCAACACACAGCUUUGAGGAACUUCACACUAAUCCUCCACAGCAGGAAGAUGGCAGCUUCAGGAACUCAGCAAGUGACUUGCAGAGCAUACAUCAAGGCAGCUGGCAACCUGAAGCAAGUGCAUUACAUGAAGGUCACAAGAACCAUGCAGGAACCAUGCUGCAGCAACUCUCUGCAUUGUCCCUUAGUUUCCAGAACUGUUCUCGAUAUACGCUUGCAAGACCUGGUAAAUAUGAAGACAUGGUGGAUGAUCAACAAAAGAUUCACCAUCUCAAACAAAGUGCCCCUCUGCCUCAUCAUAGCCAGUGUCUGGACUGUCCAUGCUUACAAAGAUAUAAUUUCCAAGGAAUAGGUGUCUGCCAAAAUGAGAAAGAAUCAGUGCUAAGGCCUCUUUCACAAGUUUGCGGUAUGCCAACACCAGCUGUGCAAUCAUCCCAAAUAUCAAGUUUUGUAAGACAGGAUCUGAAGGCCCAACCUGAAGGACAACACAGCUCAAUAACUUCUUCAGCCAACGUGUUUUCAUAUAACAAACAUGGUGAUAUGCAACAUCCUGGAAAUUUGCAGGCUGGGUCUUAUGACCAGUCACAUUGGUUGGACUUCAGCCCAUUUGGAGCAACAGAGUUUUAUCCCUAUCCUUCCAAUACAGAGUCUGAACAGAAUAUGUCUGUAAACUCACUUUAUGGAGAACAAUCUCAUAUUCAACAAACACCUUGCUCUUCCUGCCCAUACCAGCUGUGUCCUCCUUAUACACUAAUGUUUUAGGUGAGAAAGCUGAAUGCUAUUACUUCAAGAGCAUGCGAGCCUAUGCAACAAAUCCUCUGCAAG